AUGCGACGACGGCGUCUUUGCACAGGCUCAUUUCUGUCGCAAAUCAACGGCACCUGCCUCUUGAUUCACCCAAUUGUGGUGAAAUCUCUGGCGCGUCGGUUCCAGCGUUCCGCUCCGGGUCGGGUGCGAUUGCCGAAGGAGCCGUCGACGUACGACUCCCGCGCCUCCACUGCACCACGCUCCUCGCCGCCGUCGCAGCGUGGCUAUGGCGCCGGGGUGUUUGAGAAUUCCUCUGGGAUGCCCGUCGGUGAGGUGGAGGAGGGUCGCCGUGGUUUUCUCGGCUUCGGGCGUCGUGCCGGUCGCACCAUGCCUGUAAAUCCUCUUUCCGUUCUGCGUCCGCAGAAUGGUGAGGCAACAGAGGACCGAAGUACGAGUCGUUUUCUUCAAGCAGUGCAGAUGCUAAAGGGCAAGCGCCGCAGCCGUGAGGAGCGUCUGACGCUGCAGUUUACACCAGAGCAGCAGCACGACAUCGUCAACCGCUACGCCAAGACGCGGUGGUAUGGUUGGAUCUGGAAGCCUUUUAGCGGCGUGACGGAGCGUCAGUUCAAAUGGUGGCGUCGUUUUGCUCACUUUGCGCUUCUUAUCGUUGCCCUUUCCGGUAUGUCUCUUGCAUUGCUGCUGUACUAUCAUGAGGUGAAGGCGGUGCUCCUGCUGAGCCCCCAGGAUCGCCACGAUUACCAGAAGCUUGUGACUGGCAUGCGCUAUAGUGAAAUUUAUCGUCUUGCAAUGGAGGUUCUUCAGAAGGAGGACCCCCUUGAGGCACUGCCAGCGCCGGCACGCUAUCAUCUUCUGCUUGAAGCGGCACGGGCGAAGGGUUGGCAUCAGAUCGACUGGGAGCUUGAGGCCCGCACCCGCUACCCACGCUCGCCACUUGAGGAAAUGGACUUGAUUCACCUCUUCUACUGGGCCAUCAUGUACGUCGGCUCCGCGGUUACGGGAGGCGGGGAGUUGUUUACUGACCGCUUUGGUAACCUUAUGGAGGUGCGGGAGGCGCAGCGACGUCGGGACAUGGAGGCGAAUUUUGUGGAGCACGGCCCGGAGCCGCCAGCGCCUCGUUCCAGUGACAGAAAAAGUGGAGGAACAUUUGUAUAG